CCCGUAGGCAAUCGAUACAAAAUUGCAGAAGAAAAGUGAUUAUUAGCAUGAAAAUUAACAAUGUUGGAAAGACAAACACGCAGGAAGAAUUCGUGUUGGUGGAUCAUGUAUUGGAUCCGCUAAAAAUGCGUAAAGUUCGAUUACGUAAUCCGUAUGUCAUAAAAGUCCGUCAAGAAUCUCUGUUACAUUUGUAUGGACUAAAAUUUCAAGGCGUUGUCAAUGCAGAGGCAAGAGAAGAAGUCAUUAAUAAUCAUCGAGCAAACUUUACUGGAUGUAAUGAUGGUCCAGAUAACCCAACUUGCGGUCAAAUGUUAGUUAAUGAAGAGCCAAUACCACUUAGUCAAGGUUUCUGCUGUUCUUGUGAGGACGCGCAGCGUGCCGAAAGUUUCCGCUCGGUCGCCGCCAAGUCAAACUAUUACCAGCGGGACGAUGGCACAAACGGAGCUCGCAACAGGUCCGUGUCGAGCGCAAAUUUAUUUGACAAUUCGGAGGCACAGCGCCAGGUCGAAACGAGGAGCAGGAACGAAGAGCACAACCGCCAACUUGAGAACGACGCGUUAGGACGAGUAACGAGCCGCAAUACUUCCGCCGUUAAUGGCCCACUUGGCGAGCAAGCGUCUCCUUUUCGGAAACAACAAGAAAAAGAACAGUUUAAAAACAAUUCGGUCCGACAGCGCACUCGACCACUUGAAGGAUUUCCCAGGACGGAGAACGCGAAUCGCGCGGAAACCCUACCGUCCGUACUGACGAACGUGUUCUCCGAUCCAUCGCCGAGCAAGGGCAAGAUUGAGGCUUAUAUUGAUGCCAUGUACGAGCAAGCCAUGAAGAAGAAAGCCAUGAAACAAGCUAUAAAACACAAAAGCGAUAAGGAUUUAUUGGACAAAAACGAUUUAUCAGCUAGACGUCUUGACGAUUUGAAGGACAGAUUUCGAGAAUUGGAUCAACGGACCUUCGAUCGACAGACCAGCGACGACCAAUCUUCGCUUUAUGAAUCAGUUACGGAUAAUUUUCAAAAUACAAUUACAAAAUUCACAAAUACAAUCGAUUAUGGGUCUAACAAAUUAAAAUCUCCGCAAUUCCUUGAUCAUCAGAGCGAUAAUCGAUCUUUGAUUCAAGGAUUAGCUGCGAAUAGUCCUCGAGCGAAACUAACGAGGUUGAAAGGUGAACAGGGUUUUGUGAAAAUGGGCAGCAAAGAGGAUAAUCGGGAGUUUCUGAAGCUGGAGAAGUGCGAUAGGUCGGUGAAUUUUUCAGAAAGUGGAAUUCACGAGGAAAUGGCAAGAGAUCGAUUUCGUGGCGCAGCUCACCCAGAAAAUACUUUCGAUUACACAUCGUCCCUAGCAAUACACUCGUCACGAAUUCCGGAAGAGAGUCAAUUUUCGAGACGAAAGGAGAAGAAUGCGUUCUCCAACGGUGAUAAUGCGCUGCUUAAUAACGGAAGUAUUCCCACGACCAUUGAAUUUUUUAUUCGGCCCGGGAUUUCGUUCAGAAACGAUACUGAUGAGAAUAUUAAUUAUGGUAUCGCGUCAUCAACAAUAGAAUCGAAUAGUUUCGAGGAGAACAUAUUCGCGUUAUUAUCUAAAAUUGUGAUAUCGGAAACGCGCUCGUCGACGGAAGGUGAAGAGAGACAAUGUGGAUUUAGAACGUCGGAGAACAUCUCGGGUAACAUUAACGCGUUGAGAAACGCUUCGAUCGUGAGGAAGAACUUAAGUGCAGCCGCGAUUCGAAGAGGUAAUGCAAGCAAUAAGGAGAUGACGGAAAAUGCUAAUGUAUCGACGCGAAUCUCGACCGCUCCUACUUUUACGAAAUUACGAAAUCUCUCCUCUUUCAAUGGAAUCUCGCGGCUAGAAGAAUUAUCCGUGUCCACCGUCGCCGCUCGUUCCGCAGAUAAAUCAUUGACGAAAAUCCUGGAAUCAGAAAUUCGCGGUUCGUUACCAACCAACGAGAUACAAGAAUUUCCCUACGACUUCGAGGAUUUAUACAAAGACCGAGAAUCGCACAGAAUGUAUAACUCGCCCGAGCGAGCGCCAAAAGACGUGAACUUGAAAAACAGUUACAAAUUCUGGAAGACCCGCCGGAAGUUGCGGAAGUCGAAGGGCGCCGAGAAGUUUCGCGGAGACAAGGACGUUGUCGGAGAGAAGUUGAAGCGCUUCGGAAAGUCGGGUCGUGGACUGACGCGGAAGCACGCGUUGUUGGACUUUAAACGCGACAGUUUUCGGAACAAAUUUUCGGAGCACGACAGACGUUUUCGAAGACAUCUUCAAACCGGAAAGGAAGUUUUUAAUAUUGUAGACGCUCACAAUCGGAGCAACAGUCUGACAGAUGAAGCCUCGCGCCGCAAAACGCAAGGCUUUAUUGAUUAUACUCGACCUGAGGUUUACUCUAAGAAAAUAUCAAAUACUGGAGGUAAUAAAAGUCCGAAGAAACAAGUGAUUUUGGAAUCCGAUCAUUCUCAUAGGAAAGUCCAAUCCGAAGAGAACGAUAAUCCCUUCUACUUCAAUAAUAAAGAUGGCGAAAAGAACAGCGUUGAUAAGCGGAUCGAGGACAAGUUCAUGCGAAUAAGCAACGUCCUGAAGGAAGAUUCUACCGAGGAAGACUCUACAGAAAUUAUUCAAGAAACUCCGAAGAAUUUCAAAGUAGUUACAAAGAGCGAAAUCGCAAAAGCUGAUAUCCCUAAAAUUCAGGAUGAACUAGGACACAAUUCGCUUUCGCGAGAAAAUGGUAGAUCGGGCGAGCUGUUUGUGAUUCAUGGCAAUAAACCCGUAGAAUUAAUUGAUAAAUGUCAGCGAUCAACUGUGAAUGAAAAUUCGUUCGUGGAAUCUACGAUGACAAACAAUGAAGUUACAACGAUUAUAUCAUUAAUUACGCGAAAAGAUUCCACCGAUUAUAAAGGAUCCGUCUUUCUCAAACUCGUUAUCAAUCCUUUUCUGUCAUCACCGAUUAUGAGGAAGCUUAAUGUCUCAAGAGAAGUUAAUCUUAAUGAAUCAAAAAAUUCAAUUUAUACAACCGAAUUCGCAAUGAGGCAGACGCAAGUUUUCACGCAGAAAAUUUUGUCGGAUACUUCAUGGAACGAGAAUGUCAGUGGCUAUUUCGAGGUCACUGGUGAUCCACUUAGAACAUUAUCUAGCAGUUGGGCGAAUAGUUCCAAGAAAACGACGUAUCCUGAAGCAUUGAACAAUCGAAGCGAAGGCGAGCGAGUUGAAACGAAGAACGCGAGAUUCCUCGAACUUAAUAACAACUCUCCGUGGAUAAUUGCUGGUAAUUCCAUGAAGCCUGAAGGCUCGCCAAUCGACCCGAUGCUUUCAUCACGCGGUAGUGCAUCAGUUACUGAACCUGAAGAAAUUUCGUUGAGCAGGAAAAGAACAGAUUUUUAUUGUACCAAAGAACCGCUUCUGGAAAAUUCGGAAGAUUUCCUAGAAAGAUCCCGAGAGAAAGAGGAAAUUGCUAAUCUAGUGGAUCGGAUCGUGAGACAAUACGCAGUAUACACGCCCAUCAUGCCGGGCAUGCCGACCUUCGACGAAAUCACGGAAGCGGAAACCUUACCGCUUGAAGAAGAGACGACAGUCAUUCAGUUCACGACGACCUUGGCGACUACCACCAAGAUCACCGACGUGGCUUUCCGACCUUCGAUCCGUCCGCUGAAAACGACACCACUUUCAGAAGAGAUACAUGAUGAGAUCUCUCUGGACGAGACUACCUUUAUGGAGGAAACGGAAGCAACAACAACCACUCAUGAAAUGACUGUCCUUAAACCGAAAUUUCAAUCUAGAAGGCCUCGCGUGAGCACUUCGUCCAAAGCAAAAACACGAAGAAUGUCGAACAAAACUGAGAAAAACGGGAAACAACAGAAAAUUACCAAUUACGUUGCAAACAUGAAAAUGAUGGAUGCGGAAAGGGAGGUUGAGGAGCACCCUUGGUAUCGCACUACAGAAAUGCAGCAGAUAAUCGCAGCGAGUCGAUCUAAACCUAUCCAGAAGAUUAAAGAAAGAAGGAAGCACCGCUACAAAUCGGGAGAUUAUUUUCAGAACACUUCCUCAGGAUGGACUUCAUCAACGAUAAUUUCUUCCGGUGUCGCACAGACGAGAGGCAAGAGAUCGGACUUUAACCGCGCGGCAGGCAAUUGCGAUUCCUUGAUCUUCUACGACUACGACAGCGAAGAUGAAGAGGCUCAGCGAAAUGGAAGAACGGGUUUGAAUAAAAACGGAAAGUCUCCGAAUAUAACAGAGCUGGCUGAAUUACGUUCUAGAAUUGAAAAAAGAUUAGCCGGCGAAUUGGAUUAUCUUGCGAGUCGAGGAUCCUCUCAACGCAGUUGCGAAAAUCGAGAUGAGAUACAAAAGCUCAAUGCUGCUCUUCAAGAUAUUGUAAGACGUAAUGUUAGGUUUCAUACCGUUGAAGGUAAUCUCGAUUCGCAUGUGCAAGAGAAGAAACGAGAUAGGCAAGAUAAUCUGAAGAACUUCACCGUUAUAAAGCUGAAAAACGGCACAGUUCGUAAAUUCGACAAAGACAUUUAUUCGCGAAAUCGUGAAAUUACAUUGGUAUCGUUCGAUACUUCGCCUGCAGGCCCGACAAAAAUUCCACAGUUACGAACGGACCUUUCCGGAUCGGUGCGCGAAAAAUUGGAAAUAGAUCGGAGAUCGGAAAAGGCGUUCGGUGAGCGAAUGGAGACUGAGAUCGACAGAAUCGCGGUGGUGCGAAAAAUCGCGGUGAACGUGUCGGAGAACGCAAGAACCGCUAGUGUGAGCGCGAACGAUUUGUCGGAUCGCGGCGUAGAACCACAGGAAAAAUCAUCCGUGGGUGGGAUAUUACCGACUUGCGCAAGAAGUCUCGGAUACCAGGACAAAAGUCGUGAAACGGAUACUGUCAUUCGCGGUGUGAAAUUGAUGAUACCGAACGAUAAGGGCGAGUCGUACGAGCUCGACGUUGCGGCUAAAAGUGUCGAUAAAAAGAUCUCGCCGCUGUUCUCCAACAGUCUCGCACGACAACGGGGACACGAGGACACGAGGAAGAUUAAUGAAAAUCUUGCAGAUUCUCGAGUAAGCCGCGUUUCUGCCGGGAAACAAUACCUUCGAUAUCCUCGAGGCAAAGUGCAUGACAUUGUCCGUAAAAUAAUCAAUAAGAUCAAAGGGAAGUCAUCGUCGGUAUCGGAUAAGGCAAACACCGAGAAGAGUCUCGUAGAAAACGAUUGUUGUCGAGUGGAGGAUCUGACUAUAUCGAGAAUAUCGACAACGUCAACGACGAAUAUUACGCGAACGAUGAAAGUGAAACAGAUCGAGAGAAUGACUCGAGCGAUAAUGAAGCUAUUGCCAGGAGGGAUGAUUUAUUGUAUCUCGAGAAUCCGCCUGGUCGGCGCGAGAAUCGAAAUCCGCGGAAAUUGGUGGCCAAGAUGGAUCGAUUGGCAUACGGGAAAUGUUGCACGACCUAUGAUGCAGAAGGAAAGAACAGUUGCUGUCUAUGAUGAAGCGAUACUCUCCGACGAUAUGCAGGCGAAUAGCGAAGAGGCAAUUUCAAGCAAUUACAGGAAUAACGAAAAGAAAGUUAAGAAGAAGAAUACAAACUCUUCGAAAAGACCGCGUGAUAUCAAAGUUGUUCCCAAAUCAUCUGAUCCCGCGAACUUUAACGACGAUAAAAUGUUAGAAGUUCCUCUCGAAGCAGAAGAAAAAUCUAUUAUUCAAAAAACUAUCAAUAAUAAUAACUCCAUACAAGAAAAAAGUUUUGCUAAUUCUAAAAAUAUUUUAAGAAACUCUCGCUCUUACGAAGAGAUUAACGAGGAACCUUUUUCGUUUCAUAAAAAUAUCAACGAAAAUAUUUUACGAGAUGAAUCUUUUUACGAAACCCAGCCAACAUUUAAUACAAGAGAAAUUAUAAACUCUCCUACUAUAAAUAAUCAAAAUCUAUUGAAAGCUGGAAAGACAUCGAACAAUUUAUUACAAGGCUCGGCAAUGUCACAAAACGAAGGAAUCAAAAUUUCGUUAAUUGGGAAGAUUCAGAUACACAGCGGUUUCAAUCAAACGCCGAUGCUGAUAAGCUUUGAUGCUAUUCCCGACGGAUUUUCGGCUACACAGGCCUCAGUUUCCACAGGAUUGUCGAAUACUAUCAGGACGAUUGAAACUACUGUCAUUAAUCUCCCUCUGAAUGAUUCAAACGUGGAAUCUCAAACGUCUGAUCUCUCGUCUAUAAGCGAACGUGUAAAUGACGAAGCGAGUAAUUCACUAAAUACGAUAACGGACGAAAUUCAGGAAGUUGGAAAGACGAAUAUGAACGAAGUUCCGAUAAAGUCUCCCGAGAAGUUUUUUGAUCUGAUGGGAAGAAGUGAGGAAGAACGAAAGACGGUAAAAAAAAAUCCCUCCCGCAUCGAGAAGCGAUUGGAUAAGCAUAACGCGAACUCGAGAUCGCCCAAGCAGGUUUUUCUAACGGAUUACUCGGUCGAAUCGAACGGCAAAGUGGACAGAACAAACGGAAGGGUUAUUUCCGAGCGAACUGGUGAGGCAACCGACAAACUGGAUUCUCGUUCAUCCGCGAAUCCGGUGUAUUUUCCGGAUAUUUUGGGAUCUGUCCUGGUCAACAACGAUAGUUUAAAAGAUCAGGAUAGUAAAGAACCUCGACGUCGAAUCGACGUUUCUACGAUCAAAACGAACCGAUUCAACCAAAUUGACCCGAAUGUUACUCUUCAUGUCGUACCGUUGGUGCACAGCAGUAUCGAAAAGCCGAACGCCGAUUUAGCAAAUGACGGGAAAAUUAGGACGGUGUGUCGUCCUUGGGAGGACUCGUGGAACGCUAGUUUCGGCGGUUGUUACAAGAUGCCCGCAACCGUUCGGAAACUUGAAAUUACAGAGACGACUUCGCGCGAGUUGCAAACUUCGAGCAAUUAUCGAGACGAUGAUCCCACUGUAACUUUUCCGCCCAAACUCUAUGAAACGACUGUAAACGACCAGAAUGCGGUAACCAUGAAGUCCUCUCCGUCAACGCAAUUGCAGAACGACGUUCUUGAAGCUACAAUUGAAUGCACAACGAAUGAAAUAUGUUCUACCGUAAGACCAUCUGAAUCUAAUAAAUGCAAUGAUAAAUCGAUUAAUGCAAUUCGCGUGAGAAACAUGAUGGCCAUCGUAAGAUUCAUGAUGAAACUGCUGAGGAUCAUCGCGGAGGAUGAAGAGUCAUCUUGUCCUAUACAAACUCAGAUCGGCGAGACGGUGAUUCACGUGAAGAAUAUUAUUAAUGUCCCAAGUCACGUAGAACGACAGAAAAGUGCUACUGAUAGGACGGUAAUAAAAUCAGGAAGAACGAGACAGGAUCUUCUGACCACUGAGUGGCAAUCGACAAUUACAGAAAGGAUACGCGAGGAAUCAUCGCCUUUGGGUGACAGUACUUUUGAGUCCUUUACUGAAGUACCUUCUCAUUCGGCAGCAUCCACCUUGCCAAUCUCUUUCGAUAAAAUGUUCAAGGACGAACGGCUAUUCACGCUCUUUGAGACUUCCACGAGAAAGGAAGUAUACACCUCCACUUUAUCGAGCACGACUUCUUCUACGACGCCCAAGUCCUUUCUAUUUUACGAGCCUGAACGAAAGUCUCUUCGCAAAGAUGCCUCUCGGAAAAAUUCCAAAGUUGACCUAACGGGUGUAAAACAAAAUUCAAACGUUUCCUUUAAAGGUUCAAAGAACGAGUUGGAAGGAAAUAAAUCUCGAUUGGACGGCAGCCAAACGAAUCGUUCGUCUUCGUGGCCGCGGGACCAAAUUCGUAGUUCCGUCGAUCGACUUCACUUUGGUAAACAAGGGAUUGCUUCCGUGACAAAUUCCGAGGAUAAAAUCGAAUCUUUCCAGAAGAAAUAUUUGACAAGUAGUAAAAAUACCGGGUUUCGGCGGUCGGAAUCGACGGGUGCCGCAAAUGAUACCGUCAGGCUGACACUUCCGCGUGAUACCGAUGUCUCACGAAAUGCUUUAUUAGAUGGAAUCGGUGUCAUGAGAGAAAACAGGUCCGAGUGUUCAAAGUCGAAGAGGACCAGGCAGACAGGGAUAUCAGAUCGGUGCGCCGAAACGAGAAUGAAAUUGCUUAACCGUUCUAUGAGAGAAGGUCCUCCGGGAGAUUGGAUCGGGGAACAUCGGGCAGCCACGCGGCGACUGUCGAUCGAUAAGAAACUGCAGGAAUCGCGCAAAGUACCGGGCGGAACUGCAACGCCGGGAAAAGUCGUAUUUCGGCGCGUCCGCGGCAAGAUUAACCGCCCUCCUGACCCAAAUCUCGUUAGCGGUAGAAGUGAUUCGUUUAAGAUCGAAGGGAACGUCGUCGGAAAUGGCCCUCUGGCAAAACUUUCGACCAAUGAUGCUUUAUCCACUGUCGACAGAGGAUUAAGUUCGUUAAAAAGAGAAGAUACCUCUAUUCGAUAUUCGUCAACUUCAUUAAUGAACGAUAAUAUUGGCAUUUCUAGAACUGGCAAAGAAAUCGUGGAUGAACAUAUAAGCGUUUCGAACAAGAAACGAGAUGUCAGCGAGCGUCACGAUUUCUGGAAAGGUAAUCGCGUACUUAGAAAACGCCAGAAAGCUUCAAGUCCGACAAGGAGGAAGACAAAGCAGUGGAGGAAAAAGAAGAGGAAGAAAGGCAGUCAGCGGACGAAAGUUAUUUCGGAGACUGAAAACCAGCGGCGUUUCAAAAGACACUUAUUAAUGAUGUCUCUUGAGCCGGAGUAUGACGCCGAUGAUGCCACGGCAAGAUUUUCGAGACGCUACGUCGCCACAGAGAAAAGGAACGCUGAGAACUUUCGGAAGUACGCGGGAAGCAACGUGAGACGGCGACGCGGACGCGACGGAAGUCGGACGGUCGAUGGAUCGGAAGCCGAUCUCAGCAUGGCUCAAAUCCGCGGUGGUCAAGACUGCACGAAUCGCCGACACCCACCGAAUAUCGAUGCGGCCAAAUAUCUCGAAUCCGCGCAUUGUUUGCGCUUUAGUGAUUUAUGGUAUUCCGUGUAUCAGUUGGAGGAUCCCAUCGUCGAUCAUGCGGUGUAUCUUCAAGUUUACGAAAAACGCGUUUUAGCGAACGGAUCGACUUACUGGAAAGAUCUCACCGGAGAUUCUGUAGUCAGAUUGGGCACGUUCAACAGGCACCAUAGAGACAGCCAAGAUACGAUCGCUUUCGCCUACAAGGAAGUGAAAAUGCUAGGACGAAAGGAGGACGAAAUUCCUAAUUUGGAUGUCGUUCGUGAUCGUCUUUUGGUACCGUCGUCGGUGACAUCAAAAAGCUCUGAAUAUUCUGCCGAAGGCGAGUCGGGCGAAUAUCUCGUGAUACCGGCGAGUAGCAUCAACGAGAGUGGAAACGAGUGCGAUAAAGCGGGCGUGGGAUUCGCGGCGUUCGCGAGGCAACCGGACCGGUGCGAACGUGUCAGAGGAACCUGUUUGAAAAAUCAGCCUCUGGCCUACCGUAGGCGCGACGCGGAAGCUCGCGCGGCCGGGCGACCUGGUUGCUACUUCUUGAGCAAUUUCGCAUCCGUGCCAAGCGAGCCCAUCAAGUACAGCGCGAACGGAAGCGGAAGUCACGAGUUCCUCGCUCUGGAGUACUAUUCGCCGCACGUGUCUGCGAUCGACAUCGAAAUCGAGGCGGGUUACAAUGCCGCGCUCGCAGAAGGAUCCUUAGGUCGCAUCAGCAAAGUACAAGUGGACAGCAAGGCACUUGAUCACACAGUAGUGACAGUAGUGAUAACCAAUACGGGACUGACUUCGAUGUUCUAUCAAUCAAGAAUCGCGAAAUGUCCCAACAACCUUCCAGAAUCUUGGGUGAACGCUACGUUUCCUAGGAAAUUAAUUCAACCUCGACGGGAUCAAUCAAUAAGCUUGGAUCUCUACGGCGAGCUGCCUAUAAACGAAUUUCAUUGUUCCGUGCAAUUGUUGAAUCGUCUCGGAGGACUACUGGCUACCAGAAGGAUAAAAGUACGGAAAAUGGAUCAUUGUUCCUGCAUGUUGCACUGUUUAUGUGUGUGCGUAGGCGACGCGCGCAGCACUGGCUGCAGACCGAUGUCACCGGAGCUUUAUCACGCCGCUGGAUUUCGUGGUCCUGUUCCUGCAGCCUCCCGCAAAAUUUUCGUAGUAAUUGUAGACAUCCUAUUCUUCAUUGUCUUGUUGAUACUGCUCCUGCUUUUCAUGGGUUUUCUAAAAUGGUCGAUCGGCUUGUAUAUACCGGUGGUAGGUCGUUGGGGUUUGGAUUCUCUGUUGAAAACUAGCGGAAUGUCUGAGUACUUCGAACGAGAAUUAAAAUAUAAAUGCGUGGUGAUGGAUGAGCAUGGUGCACCGGUGCAUCCGGAUACGCGCAAGAGAACGGUUAGAAUAUGCAGCAGGAAAGCGGAAUUCUUCUUGAACGCAAUGUUCUUUUUGAUUUUCCCAUUCGCAAUUUGCUGCAUUCGUCUUAAGAAGGCUUUUCGUCGACCUGCCCGUAGACGUUGUUGUUCGGAUGGAUCUAAAAACAGUUUAAUGAGCGACAGGAGCGAACGUCCGAGAACGAUCUGCGUAAGUACUUAUGGCGAUAGUCGAGAUUCGCGGAUGGAAGUCGAAGACACUAAGUACGUGAUAGACGAAUUGAAGAAAUCUGAGGAAUCAUUACGCAGUCGUAUUAGAAGUAAAAGAAACAGUUCCACAAAAGAAUACCGUUCGCGCCAUUAACAAGAACUUAAAAUAAGUUUGACGUAACUGUCACACAG